AUGGAGUUAGUUUCAAAAUUCUGUGAAGAUAACUUGACAAUCAAACCUCAGAUAAUUAGAACCCGCCGUUUUGGUAAUUGCAAGAUGUGCGUAACUCUCAAUAACUCAACAUCUGUUGAAUAUUUAAUAGCUUCAUCUAGAAUCCUCAGAGCAUCACCAGCUACUAAAAAAAUCUUCAUGAAUCCUGAUCUUUCCAAAAGACAGGCAGAACUGGCUUAUCUAAAAAGUUUAUUUUUGCCACCUGGUUAUGUCUUUGUUCGAUGGGACCGUGAAACACGUGGUGGCGGUGUGGCUUUUAUUAUCAAGGACACCGUUCCCUACAGGGUUGUCUCGGUGUCAUCAGCAUUUUCACAUAUUGAGAUAGUCUCUAUCGACAUUGCUAUCUUAAACAAGAAUUACCGCUUUAUUUCAUAUUAUUGCAGUGGUGGUUUCGAUAUGUUGGCAGAAAAAUAUGCAUUCGAUAGCGCUCAAUGCAUAAAGGAACUUUGCAAAGGGGUUUGGCUUUCUAUAGAAAUGGUCGGAGAGAUCAGAUUUAAUUACGCCACCAAUGAAGGCAUCGGAAGAAUUCGUAAAAAUGUUAUCGACCAAUGA